UAGUACAUUACCCAAGCUGAGAGAAAAGUAAUUCCGUCGUCUAUUUAGUUUUCUUUUACAAAUGUUUCCGGUGGUGAUCGUACAAGUGUCUGAUGGGCAAAGGUGUUUCCUGGGGAGGCAGUCCUUCUUCCCACUGUGGAUGUACACAGCACUGGCAGGCAUCUGUGACACGGGUGAGCCCAUGGAGGAGACACUCCGCAAGGAGAUAGCUGAGGAUGUGGGGUUGGAGUCUAUCCCGUACUCAGGCUCUCAGCACUGGCCCUUCCCACAGAGCUCCUUCAUGAUGGCCUGUCACGCCGCCGUCAACCCAGAAAAGACACAGACAUGA